CUCACCUCGUGGGAAAUCCCGGUCAAGCCUUUUUCAUUUGCUGCAUUCAUACGACACCACAGAAAAGCUGGAUACCAUCGAUGGUUAAAGUCUUAAAUCUAUGAGCUGUUGCCAAACACGGAACAAAAUGAAGGAUAAAACAAAGCCGAAAAUUUCGCGUGAUUUUAGUGUUAUCAGCACUACCAGUACGCUCAUGGAGCGACCCAAGCUGUCUGAGAUAAUACAACAGGUCCGGUGCGAAGAGGAGCAGAGGUUGUGCUAUCUAGAAGAUGAGAAUGGUGACCAUACCCUCAGGUGCCACGAUUUUCUGAAUGUCAAAUUCCAAGAGGUCAAACUGCCUGACUGUCGACCGUUUCUGGAAGUCCACGGCACGAACCAUCACGACGAGGAAGAUGGAGCACGGAGUUUAGGAUCCCAAUUAAGAGCAAAUGAUGAGCUCUUAGGAAUCAUUGAGGGGCCAGAUAAAAUGAACGAUGAAGUUACAGCUGUCCUCGACAUGGGACCAUCCGAAUUUAUUGAAUAUGUUCAAGAAUCCGUCAAAGAACUGGAGGAAUUCAUAAUGAUCUUUCGACGGAGAGAAAAAAAUCCCACCAAUGAAGCAAGACAAUUCAUCUACUUCAAACUUACCAUCCAGAUAAAUCACACUGCUUCCGGGUACCACGAAAUAACCCGAAUUAGCUGGGAGAGGCUGGAAGCAAGUAUUGUCAUUGAUGAUGGUGAUAAAAUAUGGGACAUCGAACCUGAGCCAACGUCUUCCACUUACUAUGUCCAGUGUGCAGCUAACGGACAGUAUUUGACACCAUACGGAUUAACGGAAAAAGAACAUCAGUUAUUUAUAUCAAGUUACCAUGGGCACCAUGGAAGGACUGGAGAAAUAGAAAAUGUCGUAGUCAUCGAAGACUAUGAACGGGGAUAUAUACUAGAAGCUUUUCCCAGAAGUAAAACGGUGAUUUUCAACCCUCAGACUAGCUCCGAUGGUGCGGUUAGCUUAAGCAAUGACACUCCUGCUGAGGAAUGGAUGUUUAAAUGCAUGCGCAUACGGAAAAAUGUCUUCUGUUUAGAAUCUUUAAAGUUAAAAGGGUAUUUCGUCAAGGUUAAUGGCAACAAAUUAAUUUUGCGAAAGGACGUGGAUUUUCAAGAUCCCGAGUUUCAAUUUGAAUUUUAUGAAGUGAAAAAAGUGAUGCCUCAUUACAGAGAGUGGCCAUCUUCUUCCUAUCCAAAUGAAACGGUCGACAAAGAUAUAGAAGAAGAUAUAGACGGUUUUGAGGUUAUGAUUAAACCAGAGGAAACAAAGCCCGUGGAAAACGGUACUACUGGGACUAAUAACGAUUCUGGGCCAGUAGAAACUAACCACACAAAGCCUGAUAUUGUGCCUGGGCCAAUAGAAACCGAGGACACAAAAAGUGAUAUUGUGCUUGGACCAGAAGAAACUGACGAUAGAACAAGUGGUGUCAAGCCUAGGCCAGUGAAUACAGAUGAAAUGGUAUUAAGUCCAUUGAAACCAGAAGACAAUUUGAGAAUCCCAAAGAGAAGUCGAUUGAAAGCGUGUUUCAGCUGUUGUUGGACUUUUUUGAAGAAAAGAAAUCGCUAAGUAACAUCAUUGAAGACUGACACUGUUUAUCGAAACUAUGUCUACGGCGAAAUAAUGUAAUUGAUUACUGACUUUUGCUUCAGUGUUCAAUCUAAUAUUUUUACAAUUGUGUACAGAACUUGUAGAUGCAGGGUCCCUUAAUGAAAAAGUAGUGCGUCCUUACACGCUUGUUUAUGUUAACAGUGACUUGUAAAUAUUUGUUUUUUCUUUCUUCUUUUUUUUAGAUUUAUUUAUGUCAAUAAAUUCGGGCACAGACUCGUAAUGCACUUUUUA